AAAUUAAAAACAAAAUCCAUUGAAUUUUUUUGUCUCCAUAUUCUAUCUAUGAACCAACGGUCAUAACUGUCAUUUCUUGAAAAAAAUCAAUGGCAAUCUGCCUUUCCUCUGCUUCAUUUUCACUGCCCAAACACCACUCUCUGAUUUCACCUUCUCAGUUUCUCCUCUUUACAAAGAAAAAUUCCCUUCUCACUUGCAAAUCAACAAAUGAUUCCAAUGAGGACUAUUUGCUGGAUGCUCCGGUUUCAGUCGGAGACGGGUUUUCCUUCAGUGGAGGGAAGUAUUCGGAUGAACCGAGUCCGGCCGACGAAUGGUUCAAGCAAGGAAAAUAUGUGAAAGCACACCCUGUCGGUGGCACCGGAGAGAAGGCAAAGGAUCCGAUUUUCGGACUUGUUAUGGCUGGUUCGUCGCAGUCAUCAACUGAUCUUUUCAGAUGGUUUUGCGUCGAAAGUGGAAGCACAGCCAAUCCACCGGUUAUUCUAAUUCACGGUUUUCCUUCACAGGCAUAUUCGUACCGCAAAGUUCUUCCCAUGCUAUCGAAGAAAAAUCAUGCUAUUGCUUUUGAUUGGCUAGGAUUUGGAUUUUCGGAUAAACCACAACCGAAAUAUGGCUUCGAUUACACUUUAAAAGAAUAUGUAGACUCACUCGAAUCCGUCGUCGACAAAUUCUCGAAAGACAAGGUUACUCUCGUCGUCCAGGGGUACUUUUCACCGGUUGUCGUCAAAUACGCCAAAGAUAAUCAAGAAAAGAUUAGCAACCUUAUUCUACUUAAUCCUCCACUGACAGAGAAACACGGAAACCUGCCGUCAACGCUUGCUAUAUUCAGCAACUUUUUGCUAGGAGAAAUUUUUUCUCAGGAUCCAUUAAGAGCGAGUGAUAAAGCCUUAACAAGUAGCGGUCCUUACAAAAUGAAGGAAGACGAUGCAAUGGUUUACAGAAGGCCGUAUCUCACUUCUGGUUCUUCGGGUUUUGCUCUCAAUGCAAUUAGCAGAUCAAUGAAAAAAGAAUUAAAGGGAUGUAUCGAGGAGAUGAGGAAAACUCUAAUGGACGAGAAUUGGAAAGUUCGAACGACUGUUUGCUGGGGUUUAAGGGACCGAUGGCUGAGCUUUGAUGGUGUCGAAGAUUUCUGCAAAGAAUCGAAGCAUCAAUUAAUCACACUUCCCAUGGCAGGGCAUCAUGUGCAAGAGGAUUGCAGUGAGGAAAUAGGAGAUAUUAUUGCCGGAAUCCUAAGCAAAAGAAGACGCAUAUGAUGUAUAUGUAUGUAUAUAUAUUACUCGAUUAAAUGAAACAAUCAGGGGGUUGUAAUAUUACUCGAUUAAACGAAACAAUUUUCAUUGUUUUCUCGACACAAAGAUUAAGAGUGUAAAGAUAAAUUAUUGGUAAAUAAACUUUCUUGCA